AUGACGACAGAGGACUUUGAAUCCGAAUGGGAGGAUGCUGACGAUGUGUAUGGACUACGUGAGAAGCAAUGGUCAUACCAGAUGUAUGAAAAAAAGAAAAUGUGGGCAAGUGCUUAUUUGUGUAACAAGUUCUGCGCAGGAUAUCGAACAACAUCCAGGUGCGAAGGCAUUAACGCACACGUGAACAAGUUUUUGAAGUCCACCCACACAAUUUACGAGCUUGUUCAGAGCUUGGAGAUGGUUUCCCACGAGUAUCGAAAUAGGGAGUUGCUCCUCCAGUUUCAGUCCCUCAACUCGGUUCCUGUUAUGACAACAUUCCUGAGAAGUAUUGAACGGCAUGCCGCUACAGUAUACACAAGAGAAGUGUUUGGGGACGUCAAGAAAGAGAUCGAAGGGGUAGGUGCCUUGAACCAGAUUAACAAAAGAAGGAUAUUGAGUACAAUGGUAUACACCCUUGAGGAAUAUGAGAAACCAAAUGUGCAGAUAACAGCGUCGUUCGGUCAGUCGACUAGCAAAGUAAGUUGUCAAUGUAACUUCUGGAAGAAGCAUGGAUAUCCAUGCAAGCACAUGUUCUUUGUGAUGAAGGCAGAGCACUUGAAGGAGAUACCCGAUAAGCUUGUUCUCAGGAGGUGGAGAACUGAUGUAAAAUCUCCUGAACAGUACACGAAAAGUUGGGACGACCUUAGUGAACACGGUGUUAUCCUCCGCCAUGGGGCACUCCAGUCGGCAUCGCAGUGGAUGUUUUUCUUGGGGGCACCAAGGUUGGUGUUGUUCGAAAAGGCUAUGCGUGAAAUUCAGUCCUUAUGUAAAGACCUUGAGUUGGAUUACAAGGCAUUCCAUGGUGGGGUUAGGCCGAGCGUCGAACAUCCCCCUGAAGCAAAUGCUGUGGUCAAGGACCCACUUGUUGUUCAGUCAAAAGGAGCUCCAAAAUUUGGAAAGAAAAAAGCCCAUGGUAAAAGGCGACCUUGCACCUACUGGAAGGGUACGGGACAUACAGAGAACCUGCCUAGCCAAAGGUGA